CGUCAUACAGCCCAGCAUACCUGGUCCUCGCCAAGCUCAGGUCUCCAACAAUAGCAGCUCGACUGUUGUAUCACGUGACCCAACUAACGAUUCUGUUGAAUGUUAGGAAGAUGAACCGCACGAUGGAGGCGGUGACGAUGCUAGAGAGAUGUCUGAGGCUGGACACGUCAUACAGCCCAGCAUACCUGGUCCUCGCCAAGCUCAGGUCUCCACCAAUAGCAGCUCGACUGUUGUAUCACGUGACCCAACUAACGAUUCUGUUGAAUGUUCAGGAAGAUGAACCGUACGAUGGAGGCGGUGACGAUGCUAGAGAGAUGUCUGAGGCUGGACACGUCAUACAGCCCAGCAUACCUGGUCCUCGCCAAGCUCAGGUCUCCACCAAUAGCAGCUCGACUGUUGUAUCACGUGACCCAACUAACGAUUCUGUUGAAUGUUCAGGAAGAUGAACCGCACGAUGGAGGCGGUGACGAUGCUAGAGAGAUGUCUGAGGCUGGACACGUCAUACAGCCCAGCAUACCUGGUCCUCGCCAAGCUCAGGUCUCCACCAAUAGCAGCCCGACUGCUCUAUCACGUGACACAGCUGAUACCAACCUCACCUGACUACCAAGCCUACUUCGCUACAUGGCUGCACGAGAGAGGGAUACCAAGACUAGCACUGAUGUUCUACUUGCGAGCAUUAAGACUACAGAACAACCACUUAUCAGCGACACUGGGAGUAGCGCGCUGUCUAAGGGCCCAGGGUCAGAUAGCCAGGCUACAUCAGUUCCUGAUAAGAUGGUACUUGAUGAACCGUCGUCACAGCAGCAGUCGACGCCUAGUACAUGUGGCGGAGCUGUACGUGCACAGCUGGGACCUGUACAAGCCUAGCCAGACCACGGCCCAUGUCUACCAAACUCACCACCCUGAGUGCGGGACCGAUGGUGAGGUUGAAGACAGCAAGCCUGACAGGCCGAGAUGGUGGCGUCCCCUGGGACCGAUUAAUCACACUAAGAGUUCUUGUAGAAGUAAACAGAGUGGAGGCGACUCAACGGAGCGAUACAUGGAGGGAGACACGCAACCCUUAGACCCAACCCGCAUCUGCGUGGAGCAAUCGGAGCAAUCAGCUCAGCCCGGCAGCUAGUCUGGGUCAACAACCUCUACAACACGGGGGACGAGCUGGCGAUGACUGUACUGACAAGGGAUAAUUAAACAGCAAUGUUGCAGGAGCGAUACAUGGAGGGAGACACGCAACCCUUAGACCCAACCCGCAUCUGCGUGGAGCAAUCGGAGCAAUCAGCUCAGCCCGGCAGCUAGUCUGGGUCAACAACCUCUACAACACGGGGGACGAGCUGGCGAUGACUGUACUGACAAGGGACAAUUACAAGUAUUGUUUGUAACUCGUUACUUCGAUGCUGAUCGACCAGAUAUUUACUGCAAAAGAAAUCGAAUCUGGAAGUAAAUCUUACUACAUUUCCAACUGUAUGAAGUUAAAAACUGUAUGAAGUUUAGAUACAAAAGUUUUCCCUUUUGUCCUUGCCAAUAAAAAAAAAAAUAAAAUCAGCUUGGUAAAUAUCCUGAUUAUAAUUUCUAUUGUCUCGUUGCUUAAAAACAAUGUUAUUGUUAUGUAGAAAAUAAACAAUUGAAUGGAAAAUAGUUAUCAUGAAACCCUCAAACUUCCAGUUAUAUUAAGCUAUCAUGAUCGAUAUAAUCAGUCAUUGCAAAUAAUAAAGUAUAAGCCAAAAUCUGAACACAAUGUGUAAGGGUGUGACUGGUAAUAUAAUAUAAAAUUGUAUUAUGAUUUAACCGUUACAAUUUUCCACAUUAUAUUUUGAAGGCAUUAAUUCGUUUCUGUAUAACUCACAACUUCUGACAUAGGCUGAUAAACAUAAUUUCUUUCAUUGCUUACAUGUAACAAAAUUAAAGUCUUAUAAACCCUUAAUGCAGUCGAAGACUCUGGUCAAAUUGUAAGGUUAUCGAUUGAAAUCUGCAAUGUUAUUGUUAUGCAUAUUUCAUUUCAGAAGAAACCCUGUCAGUGAAGAUGUAUGAGAUGGUGUGUGCUCAAACGUAGUCGUAGCUCUUUGUUAUUAUAUUUUUGUUAUCAUUUGUAAUGUUAAAAAUAAAAAUAAACUUUUCUUUAGAAACAACGUUUGAGUUGGAACCACAACUGUUAACUUAUUAUCAUCUUUUUUUAUUACAGUAGGCAGCUUGUUAUACUGUCCAUAUUUAGUAUACGUUUAAUUUAUGUAAACACUUACAUGAUAUACUGUAACUUGGUUAGUUAAAAUGUUUUCGUAAAUAACAUCGUGUGUUGGUGCUGUAAAUAAUGUGUAAAUAAGCAUUUUUGUACUGUUAAAUUUGUACUGAUUUCCUAAAACAUUUAAGGUUAAAUGGUUGUCCGUGUGUCCAAUUUGUAUUGCAAUGCCUUAAAAUUAUAACUCUAGCAACAAAAGGCAUCUAUAACAGUUUCGCGGAGAUGUCUGUUAAUUUGGUUAUCUCGCUGCGCAAAUCAUUCAAGUGAAUAGGUACAUAAUAGUGGUGCAAGCUAUUUUCAUGAUUUCAGUGCUAAAGCCAUGGUAUCUUGUGUAGCAUUCCAAUCAUAUUAGAUCUGAAAAUGAAUUUUACAUUUAUUUAUGACAAUUAAAUUAGUUCAACUUAGUUCAACAAUUCAACAAUCAACUUAGUUGUGACGUAUUUAUAU